UGUGAGGUUAGAAAGCAACACGGGGAGAGAAAUCUCCAGAAAUUCAGGCAAAAAAAAUUUACUUAUUGCAAUUAUUGAAUCUUUUAUAUUUGAAAAAUGUCUGGUGAAACCUCUGAAAGGAAACCUUCGACCAACAAGAGCCUCAGGAAGCUGCACGCUGUGAGCAUGGUGUGCAGCCUGACGAGCGGCUGGCAGCGGUGGGUGGCGGAAAACGAGAAGAAACAAGCCGGCGAGCCGAGCGGCUGGGCACCGUCGUCCCAUGACGAACCAGAGGAACCCAAAAAGAAAUGGGCCCCUAAAAAGCCUCACUCUACACAAACCCAACCAGCUUUGGAGACACUUUCAGAGACUCGAACAUCUCCAUCUCAAGAAGCGCCCAGCAAUGAUGGCGUUCAGACCUCAAACAAUCAGCCAUCUUGCAUCAAAACAAAGCAGGUGGUGAAAACCGUGUCCAGCGGCGUCCAGGAGAAAAUCACAGGUGUCGGCUUCCUGGCUGAGAAGCUGAAAAGGGAAUCUCUUCCUUCGGGUGAUGAGAUUGACUGCCUGCUGAAGAAGAAGAGCUCCCCGACGCGCCGCAGGAAGUGCUCCAACAUGGUUUCCUCUCUGACGAAAAGCUGGAAGCAGAUGGAGAAUGAGCGGAAACUCGGAAAGGAAGGAGGAGGGCAAGGAGAUGCUCACAGCUGUGGGCAAGACAAAGGAGGCAGAGAGAAGGAGAGCGAUAAUGAGCAGGUUGCUCAGAGACACGAUGAGACGGUUUCAAAGGCUGGGGAGAGGAGCGACUCUGACGAAGACUCAGUGAGGAUAAAAAGACCUCAAGUCUCAGUGUACAAAAAGGAAGCUGAGGAUGCCAACAAGAUAAAUGCCCUUUCUAAGAAACACAGCGCUGUUGGAAAUCUAAAGAGUCGCUGGCAAAACUGGGCGGUGGAGCACACAGUCAGCCAGAAGCUGAACCCCUUCAGCGAAUACUUUGACUAUGACUACUCGAUGUCGCUACGCCUGCAGAAGGGCGAGGAGGGCUACGGACGUCCAAAGGAGGGCACAAAGACCGCAGAGAGGGCCAAACGAGCCGAGCAGCACAUCCACCGUGAAAUAGACGACAUGUGCUACGUGAUCAGGACUAUGGCCGAUCCGGAUCCAGACGGAAAGACCCGGGUCACUUUCGGACAGCUUUUUGACAGAUACGUUCGAAUCUCCGAUAAGGUGGUGGGGAUUCUGAUGAGAGCCCGGAAACACGGGAAGGUGGUGUUUGAAGGGGAGAUGCUGUGGCAGGGCCAGGAUGACGGAGUCAUUAUUACUCUGAUGGUCUGAUGGUUUACACCUGACAUCAGAUGAAAGAAAAGGACUGAGAGAAGCCUGAUCCAUCACUGUAGAGGAUCUCAAGAACAUAUUUGCUGCUAUUUUCAGUAGAUACUUGAAGAUUUUUAUGUUCUGUCAGUGUUGUGAGAUUAUGUGAGUUUUGCAAAACCUGCAAUUAUUAAUGCUUUGACUGAAGUCUACAGAGGUCAUUUUGACUGCCAUAAUCUGCAUUAUUAGGACCGCACUAAGAAUAUGGAGUAUGGAAAGAAUAAUAAAAUAAAAUGGUGAGGACAAAGUCAUAAAAUUACAAGAAUAAGAUCAUAUUACAAGGAUAAAGUCACAACAUUAUGACAAUGAAGUCACAAUAUGAUAAUAAAGUUGUACAAGAACAAAGUCAAAAUAAUACAAGAAUAAAUUCAUACUAUUUAAACUUCAGUCUCAUAGUAUUAUGACUUUUAGCUCAAAAUAUUAUGACUUUAUUUUCAUAUUUUGACAAUUCUCACAUGACAUACAGUAUCCUUGUAAUAUUAUGAUUUUAUUCUUGAAAAAUUAUGACUUUGCUCUCAUAUUAUUAUGACUUUAUUCUCAUAUUAUUCUCUAAAUAUGAUGACUUUAGUCUUGUAUGAGAUUAUUGUGGUAAUUGUAUAAGUUCAUUCUUGCAAUCUUAUUUUUUCUUAGUAUGGAGCUAACACUCUGUCGUAGCAUUUAGAGUAGCUCAGAUACUUUUUUCUGUGGCACUUUAUUUACAGCUUUCUGUUUAUCGAGCAUACGUAGAGAUUGUUAGUGAACCUGUGCGUUCACAAUAAGCACUUUUCUUUUUGUCCUGCAGAUGCGUAGAAUAGAGCAGACAAAGCUGAAGUAAUUAUUUUCGGACCAUGAAACUGGAAUCUAUCCAUUAGACACUAAAUCUGACCUGGACUUUCAGAGACACAUAAAAAUAAUUAUAAAGACGGUCUUCUAUCAAUAGUCACUAGGGGAUAAAUACAAUAAGACAACAUUUGCACUACAAUGUUCUCAAAAUGCAACAUUUAAUGUUUUCUUAGUGCUGUAAGUAAAACCCUCUGAGCCAUUGUUUUCCUCUGAGUGCAAUCUGUAUGUUUUUAUAGUCUGAAAUUUAACAAAAAUAACAUGAACAGAAGUAGGAAUAUUUUUCUUCAACUCUUGCUUUUACAAUUUAUUUCUACAAUAGAUUUGACACUGUUAUUUAGGGACCUUUUAUUCUGAUUUUAGAGCAUAUGAUUUAAAGUAAAUUCCCACAUUCUUUAAGGAAAUGUAAUUUUAUUUCAGUUAUUACUUGGAGUUAUUCGGCUCAUUUUCAUUUGAAUUUAUUCCACAGAUGGGAACUAAAAUGUCUUAAUGACGAUAUUUCUUCAUGAUUCAUGAAAAUAAUUAACAGUAGUAAUAGUUUAAGCACAUCGGCGCAAAUUGUUUUUCAUUUAACAGCUAAGAAAAGGUGGUAGGAGGAGACAAAAUAGCAAACAGGUAUGAAGUGGGGGUAACGGAGGCAAUUACUAUUAUUUUCUGUUUUGUUUUACAAAAUACAGUCAAGAAAGUCGAUUUUAAGUUUUAAGAAAACUUAAAAUGACAUAAGUGUUCCCUCAGUAAGAUAAAAAAGCAAAAGAGGCAGGAUUUAUUUAGAUAAAGUGGAAGAAAAGAUUUUACGUCUUUCAAAGA